AUGAAGUGCCCUUUUACUCAACCAGAGACCCCUCGUGUCCUCAACAUGGAGCAUUGUAACAAGGUGUCGCCAAACCAGACUUCACCCAGGAAGAGUGGAGCCAGUGUUGGCUUCAAGCUCCAUCCCCCGCCAUGUGUGAAGAUUAUUACCUUUGACUCCACUGAGAGUGUAAAGAGCACCCACAACAAGGAGAACCAUGAAGAGCUUCUCGACAACAGGGACUUUGACAGCGAGUUGAUCCUGAGCAGCGGCGGGCUCCAGGAGGACAGCGGCUACCUGUCUCUUCAAAGCAGCCGCAUAGAGAACGAGGACCAGGACUCCGGAGCUCUGAAGCCUUGUGGGAAGUCGCCAGAGGGAAAUGGCUGCUCCCACUCCACUCCGGCCAGUAGCUCCCAGUUGGAGGCAAGUCCGUCCGGCCCCAAACUCCCGGUGCUGCUGUUUCAACGCGCUGUGUGUAAAGAGCUGGCCAAAGGCUACAGGAAGACCCAGAGCCUUGACCUGACUGUUAUCAACAGUCUGGCGGGGGAGUUUGGUCUCGAGAAUGUCAUUGGUCGGAAAAUGGGCCUGGAAUACAUGGACAUAUUUGAGGCACUGCUGAAGAAGAAUAUGAAACACCUCCUGACUAAGAUUCUCCAUCUCCUGGGGGAUGCUGAUUUGAUAAACUGCAAAAAAGUGAGCAAGACCUGGAGGAAGAUUAUUUGCAGCGAUAGGAAGGCACAAAAGAAGUGUAAGGAGGCUGAACAGAAGCUGCGGGUUUCUAGGCGGCUGGGAACACUUACGACACGGGACUUUGCCCCCUCCAGGGAUGUGUUCUCUUCCGUCCAGGCCCUGGCCUCCACUCCCAUUCAGAAACACUGCGCCCCGAGCCAGAUGUGUCCUGACAGAAGCCGCUUCAGAGAAUUCCAAGAGGCUGCGAGCGCCGUGAAGAAGCAUGAGGCCCUGAAGUGCUGCAUGCGCUGUCGCUCCCCUGCCAGGUUCGACCCUGCCAUCUUCAGAGCCACCUGCACCCGCCGGAGCUGCGGGUUCGACGUCUGCACGCAGUGCCACUCGGAGUACCACGGCUCAUCCAGCUGUCAGCUGCGGGUGCUGAGGACGCCCGUGCGGUCCAAAAAUGUGCCCAUCAUCGGGAGCGCCCAGAGCAAGCGGAACGUUAAGCGCCUGUGA